AUGAAAAAAGAAUUAUGGUGGGGUCCUGAGGAUCCUCGCCUUUUUCGAGCUUUGUCAAACGAAAUUUUUUUUAUUGCCACCUUAAUGGAAGGCCAGCCAAAUUUCAACCGACAAAUAAACCUCUAUAGGUUUUCAACAGCAACCCAUAGAAAGCUGGAAUUACAAGAGCACACUGGAAAGACCUGGCGUGUCGAAAAAAACUGAAGCCCACUCAUAAUUGAUAGCGUGCAUUUAUAUUUUUUAUAUAAGUAUGAGGACACGCAGGUAAUUGACUGCACUGAGGAGCACCUCCCUUGUAAAAGGCAAUUCGGCUCUGACAAAGGAUCUAGUCGCACCUUUGGUUCAACCCCCUACAUUAGAUUUUUAAAUACAAAUUAUUUCGUAUCAUUUGCCCAGACAAAAUAUGAUUUCAUAAAGCCUCAUCAUAGGCCUGCUUUAUCUAUUAUAGAAGCCUUAGAAGGAGGAGAGUUCAAAAUAAUUUACACGAGCGAGCCACUAAAUUUCCCUUCUACCUUGCUUGCAAAUCCGAAAUGGAUUAAUACAAAAUUUUCGAAAAAUGACAUGAGGAGGAUUAUGAUGGUCACAAGUAUUGCUAAUUGGGAUUUCCAAAGUGGAAUCGCUGAUCUGACCGUGAGUCUUGACGAUGAAAUUGCUGUGGCAGUUAAAGUGGAUGGGUUGACUGAUUUUGUGCAAUAUGUGAUUAAUGUUUAUGAGUAUGCGAGAUUGCCUGAUGAGAGUAGCUGUGCUGAUAAGCUUGGGGAGGAAUAUUUUAGAAGUCUGCCACAGGGGGUUUUUAUUGAUAAUAAUUCUUAA